CAAGCAUAAUACAUACCCUAACGAUACCACGACUCCUUCAUAGACCUCGUUUCCACUCUUAGCGUGUCCUUCGUGCGGCGUUUUCUCCUCUCUGGUCUCAUGUCCACCAUUUGCCUGCAUACCAUGAUCAUUCCUCCGACCUGACCUACUGUACCCUCCGCAUACACAUCACACGAGUCCUCGAGAAUGCCCACUCCCAGUGACGACCAUCUGGGUUCGCCCGUCAAUGUGAUAGCGGCUGAUACAGAGAGUGCGCGGCACGGAUGUCCACCCGAAGAUCGUCGGGAGCAGCACAACAUAUCAAGCGAAGAGCACGUGGAGGCAGCAUCGCACUCGCCCGCUGGUGCGAACGGGAGAAGUGAAGGGGAGCACGACAUCACAGAGCCGGUGCAAGUGCUGACACCAGUGAGCGAGGCACCUGGCGAGGUGGAAAGAAGGUCUUCUCCGAAAGCUGAACGGGCUGAAGAUGCGAGCACAGCAGUCGAGCCCUCCAGUCCCACGAUUGGCCUGCUCCCGCCACCCUCCGAUGCCGACUAUAAGGCUGCCCAACUCGCGCAUUCCAUGUCUAAUGCUGCCAUUUCGUCAGCGGAACCGGACGAUAUACCACCUGCGCCACUCUAUCUCCACUAUCCCGAGCUCGAUUACAACCGAUGCAUCGCACCUAACUCUACCACGUCGUUUUUGCGGCCCGGCAGCAAGUUCAGAGGCACACAGCAGUCAGACCAUCAAGUAUACGAUGUUCAAGUGGAGCUCAAGGACGUAGACCUUGCAGAAUCCACGCUUUGUGGCUAUCUACGCAUCCAAGGCCUGACAGACGAUCACCCCACUCUCACCACCUUUUUCGAAGGCGAAAUCAUCGGCCCCAAAUACCUCUUCCGCACAUCCCAUCCCUCCUGGGGCUCCUCGGAGAAAGUCGACCUCCAACACUGGAACCGGUUUCCACGCUGGCGGCCUCUUGCCAAAGAUGCCAGGCAAAAUCCUGCCUUCACGAUGAGCAAUCCUGCGGAUCAGGAAUACAUGUUUAUGAGGUGGAAGGAGUACUUUCUCGUACCGGAUCACCGGGUCAAGACGAUUAGUGGAGCGAGCUUUGAAGGCUUCUAUUACAUAUGCUUCAAUCAGGUGAAUGGGGAGGUCAGUGGUAUCUAUUUCCAUGCCAAGAGUGAAAAGUAUCAACAGCUGGAGUUGCGACAUGUGGAGGAUCGGGGUUGUCUGGGGGCUGUUGAGUUCCGGUAGGAGCACCGCCGACUCGACCAUGCGUCGGAUGGUACAGCAGGUAUCGUGUCGAUAGGGAACGGGACGUUGUCGCCGUGUGGAUGUGUGUGACGUUCGUUUUUUUGAUAGCGUUCAGGCGCAUUUUAACGGGUGGACAGACACCUCUCCUUGUUUCUAGUUUCAGCGGAAAUGAACGGGUUGGGGAGUUGGAAGGGUUGCAGUUGAUUGAGGGCUCGUUUGUGUUGAUCGCGUAGCACAGACAGACAGCAUAUGCGCGAAGAGGACCCCAAGAGAAAAGGGCGCCCUGAUUACCUGCAAGUGGUAUACGGUAUGGUAUGGUUACAACAUGGUAGUUUCUGCUGCAGGACGUGUUGAACCACGACCGGGUGCGUGUGGUUGUCUGCUCGCUCGGUGUCCGUGUACAUGUAAGGUGAGGUAAGUAUGCGAUGGUAUCACGUGGUGGCAUCGAUGGAUAGGUACAUGAGACCUCACGACGAGCAUUCAAAACGUCGGCGUCUCUGAACACUGGAUCACAAGUUGAACUUACCUAGAAGGUAGGUAGGUAUGUCAGGUAGGUAUCCACUAGUGUAGUUGCCUUUUGCAGAGGAG